AAGACGGGGGAUGGGGAUUGCACAUAGAAGGUCAGAGCACCAUGUUCUGUACAGUUCUCAACUAUAUAUGCAUGCGCAUACUUCGCCAGGGACCCAAUGGUGGCAAAGAUAAUGCUUGCGAAAGAGGUAGAAAGUGGAUUCUUGACCAUGGUAGUGCAACUGCCAUAAGUUCUUGGGGAAAGACAUGGCUAUCAAUACUGGGUGUGUAUGAGUGGGAUGGGUGCAAUCCUAUGCCCCCAGAGCUGUUGAUCUUUCCGACAAUGUCGCCAAUGCAUCCAGCAAAAAUGAAUUGCUAUAGUCGGCUUACUUAUAUGCCCAUGUCAUACCUAUACGGAAAGAGGUUUGUUGGUCCAAUCACACCACUCAUUUUACAGAUCAGAGAAGAAAUUUAUAAUGAACCUUAUAACAGCAUCAAUUGGAAGAAUGUACGUCAUUUGUGUGCGAAGGAAGAUAAUUACUAUCCCCAAACUCUGAUACAAAAAUUAAUGUGGGACGCUGUUUAUAUGUUUAGUGAGCCUCUUUUCAAACGAUGGCCCUUCAGUAAACUGAGGGAGAAGGCUUUUAAGAUAACAAUGGAUCAUAUUCAUUAUGAAGAUGAAAAUAGUCAAUACAUUACCAUUGGAUGCGUUGAAAAGAUUUUAUGCCUCCUUGCUUGUUGGGUUGAAGAUCCUGAUGGAGAAACUUUUAAGAAGCAUCUUGCUAGGAUUCCAGAUUAUAUAUGGGUUGGAGAAGAUGGAAUAAAAAUGCAGGCUAUUGGCUGUCAAGUAUGGUAUACAAGUUUUGCCCUCCAAGCUUUGAUUUCUAGCAACCUUUUAAAUGAAAUAGGACCUACACUUGAGGAAGGACACGCCUUUCUAAAAGAAUCUCAGGUCACUGAGAAUCCAUCUGGUGACUUCAGAAGUAUGUUUCGUCAUAUAUCUAAAGGAUCAUGGACUUUCUCCGAUAAAGAUCAUGGAUGGCAAGUUUCUGAUUGCACAGCAGAAAGUUUGAAGUGCUGUCUACUCAUCUCUAUGAUGCCCUCUAAAAUCGUCGGUGAGAAAAUGGAAGCUGAGAAGCUUUAUGAUGCUGUUAACAUUAUACUUUCUCUUCAGAGUAAGAAUGGGGGUUUAACACCCUGGGAACCAGCAAGUUCAAAAUUAUGGUUACAGUGGCUCAAUCCUGUGGAGUUGUUUGAAGACAUUGUAAUUGAGCACGAAUAUGUGGAGUGCACUUCUUCAGCAAUUCAGUCAUUGAGUCUAUUUAAUAAGUUAUACCCUGAGUAUAAGAAGAUAGAGAUUGAACGUUUCAUAGAAAACGGUGUAAGGUUCCUUGAAGACAUGCAAAAUCCCGAUGGCUCAUGGUAUGGGAAAUGGGGAAUAUGCUUCACUUAUGGUACUUGGUUUGGACUUGGAGGGCUAGCUGCAGCUGGCAAAACGUAUGAGAAUUGUUUGGCUAUACGUAGAGGUGUCGAUUUUCUUCUUAAAUCACAAGGAGAUGAUGGUGGGUGGGGGGAGAGCUACCUCUCUUGCCCAAAGAGGGUGUAUGUUCCUCUUGAAGGCAAUCGAUCAAACUUGGUACAAACUGCACUAGCAAUGAUGGGUUUAAUUCAUGGUGGACAGGCUAACAGAGAUCCUGCACCAUUACAUCGUGCUGCAAAGUUGUUGAUAAAUUCUCAAACUGAUCUUGGUGAUUUUCCUCAGCAGGAGUUGACAGGAGUAAUCAUGAGGAAUUGUAUGGUACAUUAUGGAGCAUAUCGGAAUAUUUUUCCCUUAUGGGCACUAGUAGAAUACUGUCAGCAAGUUCUUUUAUAGCCUUCUAAGAAUACUUGAAUAUCAAAUUGAUAUUGAACUAUAAAGAAAAUGUAGUCUCUUAGACUUGGUAUUCUACAAUAUAUAUUUUGUCAUUAUAUGUACAAACACUUAAUUAAAGAUUUGAUUAUGAGAUUUGAUAUCAAUAGUUGUGAGUUUGAAAUACAU